AUGUCGUUCUUACUCCUUCAGUCCCUCCUUCAGGAAUCCCUCGACUGCAGACGAGGAGCUUCCCUUUGGUCCAAGCUCCCCGCGGCGCCGCCUUCGUCAUCCGUGUUCCCUCCGGCGUCCUCCUCGGCCAGGAGCAACGACUCGAGUGAUUCCGGCAUCUACGACCUCGAUGACGACUACUCCUUCGUCAUCACGGAGAACUCCCCGCCGGAGCUUGUCCAGCGGGUCGUUGCGGAUUUCACGCCGGUGGAGAACCUCGACCUGACGCUGACGGGGAAGCAGUGCCCGCGCCUCCUGAGCGGCUACCAGAGGGCCCGGCAGGAGGAGGCCGAAAUCCUGAAGUCUCUGCGGGAGGACGGGCUGAUCUCGACGUCCAAACAGAGAGCGGGAGGCGGCGUCUCCUUCGAGAUCAUCGAGGCCACGCCGGCGACCGAGUCCUCCUCCAGCAGCAAGUUUAAGCCCAAGGACUUCCUUCCCGAGGAGACGAAGCAGCACCUGGAGGCCCAGAGGAACAAAUUCCACCUCAGGAACAUUACGUCGGCAGAUGUGAGCAGGAAGAUGCAGAUGGCGGAGCAGAGAAGACAGGCGGAGAUAGAGGCGAAGAAGGAGAAGAUAGUCACGCUGUCCAAGGGCGGCGACGCGAGCGAGAAGAAGAGCCAGGAGCUGAAGGAGAAAGCGGUCAAGAAGAAUGACGCGGCGCUCGAGAAGAGAGAGGCUCACCUGAAGGAGCUCCGCGAUAAGCUGAAGGAGAAGAACAAGAAAGUCCAGCAGAUUAAGCUGAAGAAGCUGAUCAACGGGCCCCCUGUCCCUGUGACGGUCGGGUCGGCGUCGGCGGCCUUCCGGAGCGACGAUUCCUUCGACAGUUUCUUCAACUGAGAGUGACCUUUGGCGCCGCGAAACGCACACGUGUUCGGCAUGAACAGACGACGGAAAAAGGCCAAUCCUAAGACUCCACGCUUAGGUAAAGCCUCCACGGCACUGCGGGCGCCGACUACGAAAAAGACAUCCUUCAGGAAGAUGAAGAAGGAUCCUCGUUCCUGACGCAGAAGGCGCGAGGGCGUCGGCGUCCCCCAUCUUCGUCACGUCUACUGAAGGACAAAAUAUUUCCGAGAAAACCUCCCGCCAUGACAACGAACUCGCCUGUGCUUUCUUUCACAAGGAAAAUCGUGUGUUCACCGAGAAAGGGAUUAACAGGCGGAUUCAGUUAAAACAAUCGUUGUUGUCUAAAUAUAUUCCUGAAGUAGAUUUCUUUCAUGCUGUUAUGAAAAGAGAAGGCUUAUAUGUGCAUACGUUUUGUCAUCCUAAAAAUGUUUUGUAAAAUUGGCGUUUCCUUUGCAAUUAAGUAACCAAUAAAGGUUUUUGUUUUACAAACACACACACA